AUGUUAUGCGAUAAGGAAAGGCAUCUCGGUAACCCUGGAUGUGGCAGAAGGGCUUAUGAAGAACUCGCUCAGGGAUUGUUCAAUCUCAGAAACCCAGAGCUCGUCGAGGCAUUGACCAGAACAGAACAGUUCGAUUGGCUUACUCCGCUUCUCGAGGUUUUCAUUAUGUAUAGAAUAGAACAAUCCGUAUCAGAAGUUAUGAUCGCUAUGAUAUCGUCGUUCAGAGCGCCAUUAUCAGAACAUACUGUCCCUGACGGAAUGAAUGUCUGCUAG